AUGAGCAUUGGGACCACGUACAAGGACGACAUCGCCGCAAGACUGAAGGUCGUUGCCGAACGCCAAGCCAAGCUCCAUCAGCUAUCAGAGGCGGUUGUGCAUCUGGGAACACUACCACCACUCCGAACCCUACGUUGGACCACUUUCUUUGGAAGCUGGCGGAGCGUCUACGAAGUUCUGAUGUCUUUGAAGACCAACGCGCCGAAGCUCGAGAUAUUGUUCGGCGUGAUGGGACCGAACAAUGGAAGGAUCUAUGUGCGCUUUGGGCUCGCCAGUGCUGCCGACGUCUCACAGGGCUUCCAAAGGGGUGGAAUGGGAUGCAAGCAAAUGGAGAAGGCUACGGAGGCUGAGCUCGAUAAGUUGCGGAAAAUCGAGAUGACUAUGAUCAAAACGCUGUUCAAGUCAGAACCAAGCUAG